AGUGUGGCCGUGUGGGACGGAGUGUGUGUCUCACCUUGCCUGUGUCCAGGCAGGUACUGGGAGACGGUGCAGUGGCUGCAGAUCAACCAGUUCUACGGAGCGCCGACGGCUCUGUGGCUGCUGCUGAGACACGGAGACGACUGGGUCAGGAAGUACGACUGGAGCUCUCUGAGGAUGCUGGAGUUAGUGGGGAAACCCAUCAACCAUGAGGCCUGGCACUGGUUCCACAGCGUGGUGGGGGAGGGACGCUGCCCCCUGGUGGACACCUGGUGGCAGACAGAGACCGGAGGAGUGUGCAUCGCCCCCCGACCCGCGGCGCUGCCAUCGUUCCUCGGCAUCCAGCCGGUUCUGAUGGGAGACCAGGUGAGGCCCGGUUAGAGUCUGGUUCUGUUUGUUCUGAUUGAUCAGCCUGGAGGUUCUGGGAGAGUCAGAGGAAGGGUUCUGGAGAUCCGGAACGUGGCUCUGAGCCUCCUGCCUGAGCCGGUCCGACUGAAUGGACAGAACCAGAACUGCAGCCGUGGUACUUGUGAUGAUGAUCCUGGUGCAGUCCAGCACCGGUUCUGGACCAGGUUAGGGUUGGGUUGCUGUGGGAAGGAGCAGCAGAACCUGUUUGGAUCAGAACCUUUCCCUGAUGACUCAGCCCGGUCUGGGAGUUCUGAGAAGUCCAGAACUCCAGAACCAUUUCUGACCCAACUGGUUUUUGGAGUUUUUUAUGGUUUCAGACUCUGGUCGAUGUUUGGGUUUUCUGACCCGGUUCUCUGGGUCAGAGGUUUUGGGUCGGUUCUGUUGGUUCUUCUCUCUGAUGCGACUGUUUGGCUCACUUCCUGUUGUUUUAUUCUGUCUCCUGAACCAUCUGACCCGGUUCUGACCCGGUUCUGCCUCUUGUUCUGAUCCAGUUCUCUCUGGCUGCCAGCUGGUUCCUGUGCAGCCCAGUCAGGACCAGAGCCCUGACUGGACUCUGGUCCAGUCAGGGCUGACCCAUGUGACCCGGUCCGGUCGGUGCCGCUGCAGCAUCUGGUGAAUCAGCUGAUCUGGAGGUUCUUCCUCCUCAUCAUCAUCAGGGCAGCAGAUUAGAUUAGAUUAGAUUAGAUUAGAUUAGGCCCCGAGACGCAGCCACACCAGAACCAGAACUUCUUCCAUCUAGACCGGUUCUGUCGCCGUCUGAAGGCAUCUCCAGGCAGGACCUCAGCCGGGUUCUGGUCAGAUGGACAAAACCCGUAAGGAAU